AUUGAACUACAACUAAUACAUGAAGUGGAUGUACCGAUAAUAUCAACAUAAAAAAAUCGAAAGGCAGCGGACAUAAUUUCCUUGGCUCGUUCAACAGCCAUUUGAUGGCGCUCCUUUUCGAAACGGAAAUCGAGACUGUAGCACAUGGACAGGCAGCUCCGAAGUGUGGGGCCACCGAUCUUGCUGUUUGUGCUGAACUUUGAAGAUAUAGAGCCGAGUAGAUCAUGCCGGUGUGGUAGCCAAGGACAACAGGUGUUGAUUCAACGUGUGAAGAGAUAUAGUGGACAUCCACCCAGUCCUCCAUGGCCAGUUCGUCCCGAGGAGGGGGAGGAGGCCGAAAGAGAGGACAUUGUAAGUGGUUUAAUGUAGCCAAAGGUUGGGGAUUUAUUACACCUGACGAUGGAACACAAGACGUAUUUGUACACCAGUCUGUGGUGUACAAAUCAGGAUUUCGAAGUCUUGGUGAAGGAGAAGAGGUUGAAUUUGAAGCUAAGCCUUCUGGAAAGGGUGUUGAAGCGACUUUUGUAACGGGUCCAAGUGGUGGAGAAUGUAAAGGAAGUGACCGAAGACCUAUGUCAAGGAAGAAAUUCCGCAAAAUAAGAUGUUAUAAUUGUGGAGAUUUUGGAACUCACCUUGCUGUGAAAUGCCCGCAUGGACCCUUACCAAAACGAUGUCAUAACUGCAAGUCUUCGGGUCAUUUGAUAGCCGAUUGCCCUAUGCGCAAAAGUCGCACUGACAGCAACAACGGCAGCAAGGGGAGUGAAACCAAUGGAACAGAUAACGAUGGCUUAGGACCAAUCUGACGCAAUCGCAAUUGUGGGAAAUUUUGGACAAAACAUGGGCAGGAUAAAGGCAUGAUUCUGGACAAUCCGUCAUGAGAUUGCGGCCUGCUUCGGCGUCAUAUUCAUGUGUCACUGUGUUUUAUAGGACUGACGUGAAACGUCACAAAACGUUUGUGCGAUUAUCAUUUAGAGAUAGACUGUUCGAAUUUUUCUCUUGAUAUGGUGUUUUUUUUUGUAAAAGGAUAUUAGCUGUCUUCCUGUUAACAUUGUUGGAACGAACCAGCGAAGAGCUCUUCUUGAGCUUAACAGGGACUUCAUUUACAGUGACGUCACUUCCUCAUUGUCUCGUGCGCCAAAGGCAUAACGGGAUGGCGAUCUACCUCACUAAGCUCAGCACCGAUCAAGUGAUAUUUUUAAUGGUUGGCCAUUGUUUAUCUGAUUUUUCCCCUUCUUAUAUUUCGUUAUUAAGUCCAUUGUAAGAGCGUGAGCAUUAGUAUGACGUAUAAUUGUGACAUAAAUACCACAGAAUACCUCUUUAUCUGUAUCAGGUACAGUUUUAACAGUUCCAGCACCCAAAUUGCAGUUUUAGUAUGACCGUGGUCAUUUUUCAUUAAACAAUAAUAACCAUUUUGUGUUAAUUAGGACAAUAUCGUAUUAUUUUUAUUUUGAAAUAAAUUUUGUUAUAAUGUAGUGAUACUUGUAGUGGCGUCCUGUGGUGGUGUCGCUGUAUUUUUAAAAAAAAAAAAAAUAACAUGUACAUUUAUUUCCCCUAGUCAAAAUGGUACUGAAUUUGCAAUUACAAAAAUGGUUGCACCGUUGCAAUGUUCGCCUUAGUUAGUUGCUCCAUCCCCACUUUUCCCUACCUCUAGUUUUCACUUUAAUUUGUGUUUAUGUAUUAAAAAUUCUAUGUAUUUUUGAUAAUGCGUGUCUACUUAUAUGAAUAACUACGACCAUGUCGUAUUUCCUGGGCACAUAUUGAGUUAAAGAAAAUUCUCCCAAAUUAACAUCUUAAUUACCAUAAAUACCUUAAUUAUUUUUAAUGCCAAAACUUUGUCAUGUGAAUGUCGGGUGUAAUUAUUCAGUGAGCUCGUUUGUUUUCUUAAUCAACUGAGACCAUUUGUUUUUAUGUGCUUUUUUAUUUAGGUUUCUGUCAUUGCUACAAUAUAUAACUAAUUGUGUAAGUGGAAAUAUUUUACAUUAGUGGACGACAGAGAAAGUUGUAUGAGUACGAAGCUGGAUACCAAAUACAAUAUUAAAUAUCCCACAGAACCACAAAAAAUUAAAGUCCCUCGCGUAUUUGAACAAAAAUUGUCUUCCGCAACGAGAAGUUAAAUUUUUUUUAUAUUUCUUUUUCUUAAAAAUCAACUUGAUCUCAAAUUAUUACAUCGUAUUAAUGUCGUUCAUUGUCGAAAUUUUGAAUCACACGUGAAUCUUAUCUCGGUGAAAAAUGGAGAUAUAUUGAGUAGGUUAUCUCAAAAAAAUGUCAUUAAAAAGUAACCGGAGAUAAACUGAGCAUGUUAUCUCAAUAAUUCAUAAUAAAAUUGUAAAUUGAACUUGAACGGAGUUAUCUUGAGAACGUUAGGUUGUACUAACGUUUUGGCGACGUCUUCUGAAGACUGUAUUUUACGUUGUGUAUUAUCCACCUUAAGGGAGUAUAAUGGCGAAGAUCUUGAAACAAGAGUAAUUUUAUUUUUCAUUUUUUGUUGUAAGUUGUUAAAAUAUACAAAUACCUCUAAAAAGAUGAAAGCUACCUCCAUAUAUGGAAGUCUUGAUAUUUUUAUACACACACACAUACACUAACAUGGGUCAUUGUGACCAUAGAGAUUUAAAAUCCACCAAUUACAAUUAAGAAGAAGAGUGUCACCGAGGUCGAUUAUAUUGAUUAUACAUAUUUCCGGUCAAUUUCAUCCUACGAUUACGUCAUUUGUAUGUAUGUUCAAAACUUUUACCAAACAUUACUCAUAUUUUGUACUUAUGACAUACUAAUACAUUUGCGACCAGGCGUAUUACUUCAGUCAUAGAAAACGCGAGCAGCAAAUCACACCAUCAUUGAAAAUUUUGCAAUAUCAGUCAAACUGAGGAGAAAUUAAAAUCCGUUUGUCCUCUCCAUGUUUGUUAUUUGAGACCAAAGUACACCCACUUAAACAUUCGGAAUUAAAGCGCACAAAACGACACAUUCAUUCUGAUAACAGCUGAACAUAUUCGGAGUCUUUUCGUGUUUUGGGGGGUUUUAUUUUGUUUUUCGAAAAGCCAGUUUACAGUUUUGAAUAUCUGAGUAGGAAUACAUUUAAUGCGAAUAAAUCAAGAAAGGCUGUUAUCAAGGACAAACGGGUUUUAAGGAUAUUAUUAAAUAAUGUCGCGGAGGAAAUGUUACUAACAACGGGUUGUGACGAGUAGUCAGGAGUCUAAUUUUAAUAAUUCUAGUUUUUUUUAUGAAAAAAAAUAUAAAAAGACCCAGCAAAAGAAAGAUUAUAUUAUUUGUAUAUGUAGUUAAUCUAGUAGAUCUUUUAUGGCGUUCUUAAACUCUACUUUCUAUUAAGUGGACAAGUGUUGACGAUAGCAAAGAUCCAACAAAAUUUUACCUAGCACAGUUGUUUUAUAUAACUGUCGAUUAAUCAUUUCUGUAAAUUGAUAUAUUGGUUUCUUAAUACUAACUAGUCUGGUCAUUUACAUAGGCAUCAAACACGAUCAUACAAUUUCUUAAUUUAAAUAGAAUGAUAGAGUUUUCCCUAGUGGGCUAUAGCCAUUUAUUCUAAAUUUUACUAUCGUCGGCACUUUGCCAUGUCUUGUGUGUUUAGCAUAAAAAUGGGCAUUGGAGAUAUGAGUUAUGUAAUAAUUGUCUACGGCGAAACCUAAAGUUCAUUCAUUGAAAGAUGUUGCUUGUUGUUAAAGGCGAAACCACACCUCAGGGAGCAUUAAGUAUAUGUACAUUUCCAUGUCACUUUAGACUGUGGUGGGGAUCCCAAAACAUUACUACUACCAAUAUUAUAAUAUUCUUUUUAUUACCCCUUUUUAUUACUAGCUUAUUGCAUGAUCGUUUUUUUUAUUUUACUGAAUUUAUAACCAAUGCAUGAAUGCAUCAAAUAAAAUUAAAAUCAUUAUAUUCCACGUAUACUUAAAAAUCAACUUAAUGGUACUUGCAAGACUAGAAUUAGAUGAAGUAGUUUAUUUCAUGCCUCCCAUAAAUUAUUACUUUCAAGUAUCAUAUCAAAUAUUAUUUUAUAUCCUAUAUCAUUUUUGAUUUUUCUAUAUUGUCAUUUUUUAAACUUUAGUUUUUAGCUUGUGACAUAUUCACGCACACAAAACUGUAUUAUUUCAACGAAAUUAUCGAAUUGACUGGCUGCUUUAUUAAGAACUAAUUUGAAAGCCAUUAUUUGAUCACUACAUAUAUAUCAAAUUUUAUCAAUUUUUUUAUCUAAAAAUAUUUUGGAUUAUCAUAUGCGUGUAAUAAUAAAUGUUACAUGAUAUAUAUUAUAUUUUUAUUAUUAAAUACAUACAUACUAUUAUACUUACAUAGAUAUAUAAAAUUAUCAUUGAAUGCAUGAAUUGACAUAAUUUUAAGAAAACGUGACGUGUCAUUUAAUUAGCGUUGUUUAUGUAUUGUGGGUGUAUUUUUAUUCGCAUCAUAAAUCAGUUAAUUCUCUAUAUUCAACAAAUAAUAUUAAAAUGAACCAUAAGGCGUUGAAUCUUUAAAGUUUUGGACCACUGAUUUGGAAACAAUUUGUUCACACCUUACUAUUUUACAUUAUCAAUUAUACUAUUUUAAUUAUACCAAUUAUUUGAUAUGAUUAUUAUUAUAAUUAUUAUAGGUCCCCACCCUAGUCUUAUUAUUGGCAAAUUACUGGUUGUAUAUUUAAAACAAUGCGAGUUGUCUAUUAAAGUG